CUCUAUGUGCAUUUAGUAGGAGGAUGUUAGUUGGGGAGGACGUUUAUAAGUAAACUUUAGUUUCUACUUUAUUAAGCUUAUCAUUUUUCUUAAAAUUACAGUGCCUUUCAUUUUAAAUUAAUGUUAAUGAACUAGCUACCUAUAUACCAAGUGAUACGUAACGACAAACGACAGUGACGGAAAAUUAAAAAAGUUUUUGACAAAUAAUACAUUUGACAAGUAAUCUUUCAAAAUGGCGUUGAAGGUGCAAUGCGGUGUUUCCGCGGAAACGCGAAAGCAAGAAUCAUGAUUGAAAAAACUCAAAUAACUCAUAAAAAAUGAUAGUAACUGUAUAUUGGAAGUGUUUGUUUUAAAAAAUAACAUCUAUUCUAUCCUUGUGAUUUUAAGCGAUCAGUUUAAUUCGUGUUUUUUAAAUAGUAAUGUUGCGAAGAGUUAAUUUUUAUUCAAUAUGCAUUGCGUUCGGUCUCAGUGUUUUAUUAAUUCUUGCUGGAAGUCGAUAUACAGAUAACACUAAUUACCGUCCAGCUUCUGAGAGUCGGAGAAAUAUAAAAAACUUCUUGAAAAUAGAAGACGUGGAUGAAAAUUUAUUGCAGCCGAUCCCAACAAACCCCUACGAUGGGUCUCCUGACAUCGAAAAAAUAUUAGAUAAAACUAGACUUAAAAUUAAACAUGAAUUGUGGGCUUAUAAUUUUAGUAUAUCUGGUGUACAAAGGCUGGAAGACUUAGUCAUAGAGUCAGGAGGAAGACCUUUAAUAAGUUUGAUUAUAUCUACAUGGAGGUCUGGUACAACAUUUCUUGGAGAAGUUCUAAAUGCCGUGCCAGGAAAUUUCUAUCAUUAUGAACCGUUUUUAAACUAUGGAAUUAUACAAAUAAGAGGUACACCAGAAUCUGACAAGGCAUUAAAAACUAUUAAAAAAAUGUUUCAAUGUAACUAUGAUGAUAUGGAGGAUUAUUUCGACUAUGGAAAAAAUCAUUGGCAUCAAUUCAGCCAUAACACAAGAUUAUGGGACCAUUGUAAAUAUAAGAAAGAACUGUGCAUCGAUGCUGACUUCACUUCUAGGGUCUGUAGGCUGUUUCCUUUUCAAAGUAUGAAAGUAGUCCGUGUUAGGCUACGUCUUAUUAAACAACUUUUGCAAGAUAAAGAGCUUAAUUUGAAAGUUAUUUUGUUAAUCCGGGAUCCUCGAGGAGUGAUGCAGUCGAGGCAGCAUCGUAACUUCUGCCAGCCGGCACCUGAUUGCUGGAAACCUGAGCUGCUGUGUGCUGAUAUGAUUAGUGACUAUGUAGCUGCUGGACGUCUCCUACAACAAUAUCCAGAUAAAUUUAUGGCUUUGCGGUAUGAAGAACUGGCCCUGAAUCCAAGUAGCACAUCAUAUGACCUACUAAAGUUCCUACGUUUGGGUGUGACACAAUCUGUCGAUGAAUUUCUCCAUUCUCAUACAAAUGUCGAGGUUGCCGGUGUGAGUUCCACAUUCAGAGUCUCCCGUGAUGUGCCUUUCAGAUGGAGGAAUGUUCUAGAUUUUAAUUUUGUUGAUGAAAUUCAGGAGACGUGCAAGGAAGCGAUGUCUCUGUGGGGAUACCGCAUGGCGCACAAUGCAACGCACAUGACAAGCAAAGACUUUAACCCUCUAGAUCAAUACUCCCUCACUCAGUGAGUUUACUUAAGAAGUUAAUUUAAUUAACUAUAUUCUGAACGAAAUAUUGUCAAGUCUGCGGUUAUUAAUAAUUUUAUACGAUGAUGCUGCAUUAUUUUCACAUCAACAAAUAUUUUUAAUCAUCAUUAAUAUAUUUUUUAAUUUAGUUUGUUACGAGGAUAUCGGAAUAUAAAGAAGUCUCCGUAGAAAGAAAUGUGGCUGAAACAAUUUUGAUAUUUUAAUAAUUAUAGUUUUAUCUCAAUAGCGAAAAUUGAAACGUAAGUACAUUUUGGUGUAAAAUUUAAUUGUAAGUUUAUUUUUUGUGAUUCCUGUAUUUCCUCGGUUUAAUGAUUAUUGUGAGAUUAGCUGGCUAAACCCAAUGAGAAAAACCAAAUAUAUAAAAAGAUCACAUAAAUGAAAAUAAUCUGACGUCAUCGUACCUAUAUAAUAUAAAAGGAAUUAUUUAAAAAUUAAAAUCAAAGGCAACUAAGAAGUGAUAUUAAUAAUUAAUCUCCCUGUUUAGCCGGCUAAUCGAAAACUUUAAAUAUAACCUUAUGUUCUAGAAGGUACUAGAUGAUUUUCAAAUUAUAAUAUUAAAAAAAAAAUGAUAAUAAACAAAGAUUAUAGGUGUAGUGGGCGUGUAUU